AUGGUACAGACGACGAAGCUUUCUCACCUCCGGGUGAGUACCCCUCCGGCCAGGCCGAAGCCUCCGCUGAAACCUCCAGAUCCACCGGAUCUGCAACCUUACUUUCAAGCUCUGGCUUAUUUCCCGUUUCUCGACCCUAGGUUACUCUUUCAACCUCCGCCAGCGAGUCGUGUACUUCUCCGCCACUUCUCCGCCUCACCACCUUUCUCUGCCGCGGCGAGAUCCCUUUCGAAAAAUACUUCCCGACGCCAACCGAAAUGGAAUUUCAAUCUCCGCCGUCACAAAGCGUAUCCUCGUGGAUCGGGAAGAUCAGAUCGUGAUUUAUUUUGUUCAUCUGAGAACCACCGUGAUCUCGAUGUUCAGGCGAGAGGAAGAAAAGACUGUUCAAGCGAUCUCACUAUGAAAAUAAACUGA